CUGAUGUUAGCUGGCUUGAAUGCGAUGCCAGGGGUUGGCACUGUGGUGUAGCUGGUUCAGCUGCCACGGGGGGUGCCCACACUGCAUAUCAGAAUGCCGGAGAUGGAGUCCCACCUCCACUCCCAAUUCAGCUUCCUGCAAAUGAGCACCCUGGGAGGCAGCAGGUGACUCCCAUGUGGGAGAUCUGUCUGGAGUUCCUGUCUCCUGGCUUUGGACCGGCACCCUCCACCGCCGGCUAUUGUGGAUAUUUGGGGAAUGAACCAGAAGGUGCAAGACCCGUCUCUGUCUCUUUCACUCUGCCUUCCAAAUAAAUAAAAAUAAGCUUUUUAAAACGCAUGAUGCCAGAACAGGGAUCUUUGCAGUGCCCUCAGUGAGUGAACAAACUUCUCAGUGGGAAGCUCUGGGCUGCCCUGUCCUCUGCCUGCUAGAGCUUUGGAAGGGAAGCUGUCAGUCAGCAUUGGAGGUUAAAGUACUGAGACUGGCUCUCUGGUUUCCACAUGUCAUGCGAAAAAUAAAGUGGGUUGUUUUACUCUCUGUCAUCAUUUCCAACUGAUGUUUUCGUGGGUCUCCUUUAUAUAAUUACCUUUGGCACAGAGUUCAGAUUCUUAAGAUUCACCCAAGACCACCGCAUCUAGGACAGGUUUUCUCUAGGUUGAUAAUAUUUUAAGUUUUUAUUUUAUUCAAAAUUUAAUUUUACUUGAAUGAACAACAGAGAGAGAGAGGUCUUCCAUCUACUGGUUCACUUCCCAAAUGCUCAGAACAGCCAGGGUUGGGCAAGGCCAAAGUCAGGAGCCCCAAACUACAUCCAGGGCUACCAAGUGAGUAGCAAGAACCUAAGUACUUGACCCAUCGUCUGCUGUCUUCCAGGCUGUGCACCGGCAGAAAACUGGAUCAGGAGCAGAGGAGCCAGGACUCAAACCAGGCUCCAAUAUCAGGUGCAGGCAUGCAAACAGCAACUUAACCGCUGCGUAAACACCCACCCAAAGAGAGUUUCCUUACCAGUAAUACUUGGGCAAAAUUGCAAACUCAGAGUGAAAUGUCUCUGGGAAUUUUACCUUCAGGAAGGAAGGUAAAAGGAAAAGGUCAGCUGCAGAAGUAUCGCUUGUGCGUUUCCAGGCUGCCUUCUGCCCCAUUUUUGUGUGGCAGAAGAAGGAAAUUAAUGAAAGUGUUACAAAACAGGCAAAGUAAGCAUUUAGCAUCCCUUAUCUCCUGGGUUCCAGUCUCUGUGUAAGUUUUGCCUGUAGUUGAGGGUCAAAUGUAAUACUCCAUAAAACAAUUCAGGGCCCAGAGCAACCUUUGCCAAAAGAAUAUUGUACUGAGUGUACAAUUAUAGCUCUCUUUCACAUACAAAGAAACAGGCUUAAAGGGAUAAAAGAAUGUGCUCGAGAUUAAACAGAUAAGUAGGACAGCAUCUGGUCUGUCUGCCCCAGAGGUUGUGUUCCUAACCACCAUACUAGCUUCUCUCAAAUAUGAUUCAUACACAGAAUUACUACAUCUGUUUUCCUGGAGUAUUCCUCAUUUAUAGCUGUUGCCUCGCAGUUUCUAAGCUUGCCCAUUUUGACACUCAAAAACAUCCCAGUUAAACAGUUUGGUCACUAUCUAUGGAUCAUUGUGGCAGAAUUGCCUGGGAAACUUGUUAAAAGUGCAAAUUCCUAUUUCCCAUUACAGAUUGGAUUAAGCUGUUUGUGGGUUGACCCAAGAAUCCUAUUUUUUUAAGCAUCCAAGGUGAUUCUCAGGCCCCUUUAAGUUACUCUCCCAUUUGUCUACCCUGUGCUGCCUUUCCCCGUGGUCCUGGCCACGCCCUGGUGAAGUAGUUAUGUACCCCCAACAAAGCAGGGGUGCUUCUGAACAAGUGCUUCAGGAAUCUGGUCUCACGCUGACCUUCCUGCCAGGAAGAGCCUCCCCCAGAACCCUCCCCUUCACCACUCCACCAGCUGUCAGCUCUGAUCAGGCCUGAUCUCUGUGGCAUAACAUGCACCACAGUAAUUCAAGCAGCUUCCCAGAAGAGAUGCUGGGAUUCCCAGCUGUGGUCGCCCCACCUCCAGGAUAGUAGCUAAGGCAGCCCCUACCUCAUAAAGCAUCCCAACUGCAACAGCCCUGGUAAACAACUGCCCCGUGCUUGUUUUUUCAAGGUCUCCUAAAUGUUAUCAUUUCUAGGAAGUUCUUGGCCACAUCAAACCAAAGUCUGCCUCAAAUGGUUUCCUAGUUUGGCCUGAUGUGGCUAAGGGCAGCUUGUUUCCUCCUCAGAGCAGGACCUGCUCGUCUUUUUGGAACCUGCUUUUCACCUGUGUUGCUGCUGCUGAGCCCAUAUUUUCUAAGGGGGCGGGAUUUAUUGGUUACCUCUUCAGAGGGGAGGGGAGUGAAAUGAUAAGGUAUUCAUUUUGUAUGGUUAUUCUCAUAAUUUUUGAAUGUUAGGUUAAAAUGGGUCCAUCAUUCCCACUUUGUGAAAUCAGUCAAAAACCUCAUUUUGCCUCGGGAGCACCCUUAACAUCCCUCCCCCUGUCCAUCAUCUUGAAAUCUGGUGAGCUUGUCUUUGCAUUCCCGCCAGCUAAAAAUCUGGAGCCCCAGCAUGAACAACAUGAAACCCUGCUGUUGAGCACACCACCUCUGCUACUUGUGUUCACUUGAGUAGACCCCUUUACAUCGUGGGUUUUGGUUUUUCUUUUUUGAGUAUUCAGAUGUAAAUGCAUGAAUAUUCUAUGAAUGUACAUUUGGAACAGAACAAAGUCAAGAAAAUGUCUUUGCUUUUAUUUUUUUUUUUUUCAAAGAUUAUUUAUUUGAAAGUUACAAAAAGAGAGAUCUUCCAUUCUCUGGUUCACUCCCUAGAUGGCUGCAACUGCCAGGGCUGGGCCAGGCUGGACCAGGAGUCAGGGGUUUUAUCCAGGUCUCCAAGAUGGGUGGCAGGGCCCCAGGUACUUGAGCUAUCUUCCACUGCUUUUCCCAGGCCAGUAGCAGGGAGCUGGAUCUGAAGUGGAGCUGCCAGGACUUGAACUGGAGCCCAUGUGGGAUAUUGGCAUUGCAAGUGUUGGCUUUAUCUGCUAUGCCACAACACUGGCUCCCAUCUUUGCUUUUAUUAUAUUUUUUUUACAUUUUUGUUUGUUUAUUAAAAGGAAGCAAGAGAAACAGGUCUUCCAUCCGUUGGCUCACUCUCCAAAUGACUGCAGCAGCCAGGACUGAGUCAGGCCAAAGUCAAGAGACCAGAAUUCAGUCUGGGCUUUCCACAUGGUAACAAGUACCCAAGUACCACUUUGAGCCAUCAUCUGCUGCCUCCAAGGCAGUACAUUAGCAAGAAGCUGCAUCAGAAGUGGAGCAGGGACUCAAACCUAGGUACUCCAAUAUGGCAUGCAAGUAUCCCAAGCAGUGGCUUAAACACAGCACCAAACCCCCAUCCCCUGCCUUUGCUUUGAUUCUUCUCUGCUGGAGUGUCUUUCUUCUCCCCGUGUGUCCAAAUCUCACUAUCCUUUAGCCCACCUUCAAGGAGCCUUCCCUGAUUCCAUAGUCCUUCCAGUUGUCUGCCUCUCCAACUGUUGAAUGCUUAAGGUAAGGCUGUGUAACCUAGCAGCCACUUAGGUUAAUCUGGCACCUCUAGCCAAUCUCAGAAUUUGGUUUCCCUUACCCUCGUGUGGUCAGUGAGGCUGUGCCAGCCUAUAGGUGUGUUCCAAAAGGAAUGGCUACUUGAAUAAGGAGUGAGUGGGGAGGGCCCAGGCAGGUGCCCCUCUGCGUUCAUCCCACUCUUCCACAAAACGCCAAGGGCCUGAAGCCUGCCCUUUAGGUCAUGUAUUCCCUGUGUGACCACACUGGGUAGUGAGGACCUCACAGGCUCUCUAUUUCCACGUCAGGGUAUCUACGCAAACAUGAUGCCCUUGCAGAAAUUUCCCUACCAUUUCUCUUCUAGAUACCAACCUGUGUGGUUGCCUAUGACAGUGUCUGAGCAGAUCUUGUAUAUUCACCCUAACUUGUCCUGUGUCCCCUGGGAGGGCAGUGCAGCGGCAGUUGUGCCUCCCACUUCUCUUCCUGUUUGUGGCCUCUCCCAUAUCUUCUACCGAGGAUGUAGAGAAACGCAGGUAGGCUGGGACGGGGAGACAUACUGCCUGGUUUGUGGCUUCCAGGUCUAUGGUGAUGCUUCUUUAGCAAAGUCAAGAACAGAGAAGCCACUCCUGUGUUGGGCUCCCAAGAGACCUCAAGCUCUGGCAGAGUUGGACAAAGUCCUGAGUUGCUCUGUCCCCAAAACUUGGCACUUGCGGCGUGUGGGAAUAAGAUCAGUCCACAGAAGCUUGUUGGCCGAGCCCUUCGUGGAGGACAAAUGUCUAACUGCCUUAGAUGCUUAAUGCCCCUUCUGCAGUGACCUCCAUUGUCCACCACUGGAGACAGAGGCUGGGCCACUCUGCCAGUAGCCCCUCUUCCAUACUAACUGCCCACGAACUGGGGUUUGAAGUGAGAAGCUGUUUUGAACAUCCCAGGGCUGAAGCUAGCCUGGAAGAAAGCCUGAUGUUCCUCUGCCCAAUCCUGUAGCGUUUCUUCCUGGGCAGAAGAAAGAAAAGCCUGCAUUCUGCCAGCCAAGGAGAAGUCAGGAGCAGAGACGGGGUGCAGAGUGGCCAGAAUGGGCCCAGUCCGCCAGAGGGACUCCUCCCCUGAGUCAUUGCCCACACAAAACAGGAAGGAGUGGGCUUCCUGAAACUGGAAGCAGCAAGCUGUGGCUACCCAGGGAGUCUCCUGCCUGGGGUGUUAGGAGACAGAAUAAAGAAACCUAGCGAGCCCGUCUACCUGGAGCAGGAACAGUACGGAUAAAGUCAAGCAGUACACCCCUGACCCCUGAGGCUCGUAUGCAUCCUUACCC